AUGCCAACUGAUGGCACCUCUAUACCUCACAAAACUCCAACUUCUGCAAAGCCGAAAUUCUGGAGUCACGCUUCCAAUAAAGGCCCGGAUGGAAAAGAUAUUAUUGUACAUUAUUGCAAGACUUUGAAAAGCACCGAAGAGGUAGCAAGGCACUUCUUAGAUGACAAGACGCUGGGAUUUGAUCUGGAGUGGAAAGCUCAGGCCUCCGCGUCAGACUGUAUCCAAAACAAUGUCUCGCUAAUACAGAUUGCAAACAAAAGCCGAAUCGCAUUAUUCCAGCUUGCGUUGUUUAAGCCAGUCCGGGGAGUAGAAGAUCUGGUGGCUCCUUCUCUUGCGAAAAUCCUUGAGUCCCCCGAUAUUACUAAAGUCGGGGUAUCUGUAAAAGCAGACUGCACCCGCCUGCGCAAAUAUCUGGGAAUUGAUGCGCGUGCAAUCUUUGAGCUCAGUCAUUUGUACAAAUUAGUCAAGUACUACCACUCGAACCCGCGCCUAAUAAACAAAAGACUUGUCAGUUUGAAUGAUCAGGUUGAAGAGCAUUUUGGGCUGCCCUUGGUAAAAGAAGAUUCCGUGCGCUGCAGUGAUUGGACAUUUGCCCUAAAUUACCAUCAAGUUCAAUAUGCUGCAACUGAUCCUUAUGCCUGCCUUUGCCUGUUCGAUACGAUGGACUCCAAGAGAAAGGCUUUAAACCCAGUGCCGCCUUUGCCAGCACAUGCAGAGCUAGAUCUACCAAUUCAAAUAGUUUGCAAAUCUCGUGAACAUACCGAAUCAGAGGAUGUCCAAAUCGUCAACGAGACGGGAAGUGCGCCAGCCGAGAAACGCCCUUAG